UCUUUAUUGACCUAUUAUGGACCUUCAAACGCUGCGUACUUCGGUUGCUCAAGAAUUUAAUGGGAUGAUUGUUAAUCUUAAAGAAAUUGAAAACCCUGGUUCUCAUGUUGGUGUUAAUGAGGUUGAUAAUCUCAACGGCCAACUUGGCGUGGUUUUCGGUCAACUUAACAUAAUCGAGAAACUCAUUCCUUCUCAUAGUGCUGCAAUUAAGUUUUUUAUCGAUAAGAAAACUUGGUCUGCUGGAGGGACGCAUGUGGGCGACUUUGACACGAAGCAGAAGAAUGUUAUCGAGGUGUUGGAGUUUAUCAAGAAUAAAGUUGUUGGGAAUUUGGGUGUGGGGGAAUUGAAUGCGUUGGAUGUCUACAUAGACUAUCAAGGCGUCUCUGAGAUUCUUGAGUACUACAACCGAAAGUGUGCGCAAGAUUGAUGAGGUUUUUAUGAGGAAAACAAGCUUUCUGGAAGAUGAGAUGAGAGUCUGGUUUCUUUUCGUAUUUGAAUUGACUCUUGGUAAUAUACACUUUCUCAAGUCUAUAUUCCUUUAAAAUUUUUUGUUAAACUUCU